AGCGAAAACCGGCAACACUGUGACGGCGUCAGCUGCUGUGCAGCCGACAUGGCACCGUCGAGCGAGUUGGCAGCAUGAAAAAGAGAGAAUGGAACGUAUGGAGGAAGAACUCGCUAAAUUUCGCGCACAGCUUAAGGUGAAACAGAAGGCCACCGAUGAGAAAGCACCCGAACAGCCUGUGCGCGUGAAAUCGGGUUCUCAGAGCGAAAGCAACGACACUGACAGCGAUGCCAAGCCGGCCACGUUGACCAAGCUUCGCAAGAGACGAGAACCCGAACGAACUCCGCCGAUGGCUUCAACGCCGUCUUCUCGCAUAGUGGUCACGGACGAACCUGUAGUGGACGAAGAGUCCUGCGGUCGCUGGACCAAGCUCGACGUGGCGACAUUGGUGCUCAAGUUGACGCUGUGGUGCCUGCUGAUGACGCUGUUCGUGGUGCUCGAAUUCGGCGCCGUGUUUUUCGCGAUAAGCGUGUUCUACGUGAUGUUCACGAACUUCCGCAAGAGGCCUCGGCUGCGCGGCGAGCUCAGCGCCUACUCGGUGUUCAACCCGAACGUCGAGGCCAUCGACGGCUCGCUGACGGCGCAGGACUUGGAGAGGCAGUUGACUGUGGGCAUACUGCCGAUGCACUGAGAAACAGUGGCUGUGCGGACGCGUGUGGCUAGCACAUUAACGCAUUCACAGACACCUUCAGUUGCAGCCGCAUACACUGUGCAAUAUCUAAUAAUCGUUAAUCCAGCAUUUUUCGGCAACAAGUUUUCGUACUUUUUUUUUUCCCGUAAGGGAGUUGACGUGUACAUGGAAAUGUGACUUGUAGUAUGCAGAUGGUGCUACCCCCUUUGCCUUAUUUUAAAAUCUUCGCAGAAUCCACGCGUGACUUUUGACAAAAUUAGUAGUGAUGUCACAUAACCAGUGCCAUACACAUGGGAAGCAAGUAUUUUGUGUCCCCGACCUUCCAUACCUAUUAAAUGCAGCGAGUAAAACCUGCCCCCCCCCCACCCCCUCGUUAGAAUGCGUUGGCAGAGCAUUACUUGCCAAUUUUGUCCAGAACUUCGAAGUAUACGUCGUCAGAGGUACAAUGAAGUGUGAUGACAGACCAAAACAAAGUACUGCAUGAACAUGCCAAAUAGGCGAGUUGGUAUGUAACAAAACAAAUACACAUAAAAAGAAAAACACAAGUGUUCUCCGUACAUUUGUUUUGCUGCACACCACUAUCGUGGCAAAAAAAGUCGCCUUCUCAGUGAAACAAACAAUGGUGCCAUCAAUCUUGCAAGGACAAAGUGAUACCUGUGAAUACAAAAUUUGCAGUGCGAUCUUGCUCUUUGGGCAGCCAGUGCCAUCACUCCUCACUGCAAAAACUUAUAUUGUGCUCAGCAUCGCCAUACCGGCAUGUACAGCACAGUCCACUGUUAAAAGGAGCAACACAAUAUAGGUGCACCUAUAUGUAAAUAACACAGAUGUAGCUGUUUACAGGAUAUAGAGACAGUAUCAAGUUUAAGUUACUGAAGACAGGCAUGCCGACACGAGCACAAAUAGGAACCAAAAGGAUGACGUGGCCGUCACACAGCGAUGUGAAAGAAAAAUGCAAAACUCGUCUGUGUGUGCUGAAAUCAAAGCUUUGUUGAAAGGGGAGAUGCAUAUUCUUUCAGUUGACCAAUAUAUUAAUGCUCAUCUGAUAAAAGCGAUGCAAUGCCUUGUCUGGCCCAUGUAAAAGCAGCUGCAGCUAAAAGAAACUUAUAUAAAGUACAGCAUAUCCAUAUACCAGUCUGUAAACUUAUUUGUGUGCUUUGCAUAACACCUGUAAGGUAUAUUCUUGCAAUACAAGAGGUCUUUUUUUUUUGCACUGUUGCCACACAUAAAUGCUAGAUUAUCAAGGCCUUCAUGCCAAACCUGAGCUGUUAUCAGUCUAAAAAUAUUGAUCUGACACUUUAUAAGAGUGGGCCAUACUGUAUUUCCACUAGUGUCUGGGCAAAAAUGGCAAAAACCUGCUCAUUGCUAAUGAGUUGGAACAGUUUAAUCGAAAUGGCUAUCUAUGUUAGACUCUCUUAUUGAACCACAUGGUACUGCAGUAAGCUGUACAAAGUCAGUGAAAGGUGCCAAAUGCUAGUCAAACAGCUUUCCAGCUGUGAUUUUAUUUUUUGCGCGCACAGGUCAACAGUGUCCGACGACACAACCGUAUGCAAUGUGAUGCAAAAAAAAAAAAAACGCUGCUCAGCAGCACAUCAGCCACGGUAUAUUACUAUGUUACAGAGAUGUAUGUACAGCCCCGUCGAUCGGUAUUUACAACAAGCCUUUCUAGGAAAGACAUCCUGGAUUGUAAUUGUUGCCUGCUGGUUAGAUUCUCCGACAGUUACUCCAGAGGCAAGGCACUGGUGCUUUCAACGUCACGACAGUCACAAGCCCGGGGAACUCCUCGCUGCUUCCACUAUUUCCAUGAGGGCUCCGUAGCUUGGGACUUUUGAUUUCGGUGUUCCGAGUUCCUCCAUCUGUACAAAUAAACAAAA